CAGCUCUAUUUGUCCACUACUCUCGCCACCAACUAAACUUAUCAUCUUCUUACUUCCUUCUCUGCCAUUGUCGUUGCUUUUAAAACCCUAUUGAACCUCUUCCUACGAGCUCUCCUACUAGUUAUUUCAACGGAAAAAAAUUUCAAAAAUCGAAUCCACCACUUCCUCCUCUUUUCUUUCUUAGUGUUUCGAUUCCCAAACUCCCAGGAGGAUGGAUCCGCCUAGUCUCGCUUUGAUCCUCCGAGCCGCCGCUCUCAGCCCCAAUCCAGAUGAAGGCAAAGCUACUGAGCAGCAACUCAAUCAGUUGCACAACACGCCACAGCAUUUGGUGAGGCUGUUGCAGAUAGCUGUUGAUGGGAACUGUGAUAUGGCAGUGCGUCAAAUCGCUUGUAUUCAAUUCAAGAACUUCAUUGCUAAGAACUGGCCACCUGGAGAUUCGGGUGCAGGAGAGCAGCAGCGGCAGCAGAAGAGGAUAUUGCAAAGCGACAAAGAAUUGGUGAGGGAUAACAUACUCGUCUAUGUCACUCAAGUUCCAGCCUUACUCAGUUAACUUUGUUCUGGGACUUAUCACUCUAGAGUCACAGAUUCAUAUAUGUAUCGUGCAUCUGUAUAUGUGUCUUUGUGGAAUCAACAAAUUUAUGGAGCUUUGUUUGUGUUGCGGAUACUCUCCAGAAAAUAUGAGUUCAAGUCAGGCGAAGAGAGAACACCUGUUACCCGCAUUGUGGUGGAGACGUUUCCUCUACUUUUGAAUAUUUUCAAUGGGCGUAUCCAGAUAGAAAAUCCAUCACUAGAGAUGGCAGAGCUCAUGAAGCUGAUAUGCAAAAUAUUUUAGUCAUCCAUAUAUCUGGAUAUCCCUAAGCAAUUAUAUGAUAUAAACUUAUUCAAUGCAUGGAUGGUUCUGUUCUCGAGUGUUUCGGAGCGUCCUCCUGUUCCAGUUGAAGGCCAGUCUAUGGAUCCGGAACUUAGAAAAUCUUGGGGCUGGUGGAAGGUCAAGAAGUGGACAGUGCAGAUUUUAAACAGGCUCUUCAGUCGGUUUGGUGACCCAAAACUUCAAACUCCCGAAUGCAAACCUUUUGCCCAGAUGUUUCAAAAGAGUUAUGCAGGCAGAAUUCUGGAAGGCUACCUAAAUCUUCUGAACACAAUUCGUGUUGGAGGCUAUCUUCCUGAUAGAGUUAUCAAUCUUCUCCUUAAGUGCUUAAGCAACAGCAUUUUGAUGAAAAACAUGUAUAAUUUGCUGCUGCCUGGGCUGGAUGUUCUGCUUUUUGAGAUUGUUUUCCCUCUAAUGUGCUUUAGUGACUCCGAUCAAAAACUUUGGGAGGAAGACUCACAUGAAUAUGUGAGGAAAGGUUACAAUAUUAUUGAAGACUUGUACAGUCCACAAACAGCGUCUAUGGAUUUUGUAAAUGAAUUGGUCCAAAAACGUGGGAAAGAGAACCUUCCGAAAUUUGUUCAGUUUGUUGUAGGGAUCUUCAGGAGUUAUAACGAAGCUCCUGCUGAACAUAAGCCUUAUCAUCGAAAAGAUGGCGCGAUGCUUGCUGUUGGAGCACUUUGUGAUAAACCGAAGCAAACGGAUCCCUAUAAAUCUGAGCUGGAGCAUAUGUUAGUGCAACAUAUUUUUCCUGAAUUCAAUAGUCCAGCUGGACAUCUUAAAGCGAAGGCCGCAUGGGUAGCUGGGCAAUGCCAUAUCAACUUCUCAGAUCAGAACAACUUUCGUAAAGCAUUUCACAGUGUGGUCUCGGGAAUGCGCAAUCCUGAUCUCCCUGUCCGUGUUGAUUCAGUUUUUGCAUUACGUUCAUUUGCCGAGGCGUGCGAGGAUUUGAAUGAGAUACGUCCAAUCCUCCCUCAUUUACUUGAUGAAUUUUUCAAACUCAUGAAUGAGGUAGAGAACGAAGACCUUGUUUUUACGUUAGAGACCAUUGUCGAUAAGUUCGGCGAGGAGAUGGCUCUUUAUGCUUUUGGAUUAUGCCAAAAGCUGGCGGCUGCAUUUUGGAGUGAAGCCAGUGAUGAUUUGGGAGCUUUAGCUGCAGUUGGUUGUUUGCGUGCCAUAAGUACAAUCCUUGAAUCUGUUAGCAGCCUCCCUCAGCUGUUUGUUGAAAUAAAACCAACGAUACUUCCAAUACUGCAGAAAAUGUUGACCAGUGAUGGCCAAGAUGUAUUUGAAGAAGUUUUGGAGAUUGCAUCAUACAUGACCUUUUAUUCACCUAACAUAUCCUUGGGCAUAUGGGGUCUCUGGCCAUUAAUCGUGGAAGUGUUGGGCGAUUGGGCAAUUGAUUACCUCCCAAAUAUUUUGGCUCCGAUGGACAAUUUUAUAUCAAGGAGAACUGCUCAUUUACUCCAAUAGAUUCAUGUAUGUGGUCUGUACUUGUUGUAUUCUGAACUGUAUGAGUAUAAAUUUUUGUACGUAUCAUGAAGGACAGACUCUUCCUUACUGUAUAACAAAAAUUGCGAGUUACUCAUGCCUUCUGGCACAAGAUUCAUUUAGCAUCAAAUAUAACUAUUCUUGCUACCCUA